AGAGGUUUGGCGAGAGAUGCGCGCAUGCGCACCAGCUCCUCUCCUCUCCUCUCCGCUGCCUCUCCUUUGACUGGCCGCCAGUGACCUCCCAGUCUCCGCAGCAUUUCACAAAGUGGACUGGGCGACAAGGCGAAGACGACACGGGGGAGAAAUGGCUGGGAUUUUCGGGAAGAUAUUUGUGGGCAUUUACGUGGAAAUAAAGCGAAGCGACGGGCGAAUACACCAGGCCAUGGUCACGUCUUUACACGAAGACAAUGAGAGCGUGACGGUGGAGUGGAUCGAGAACGGGGACACCAAAGGGAAGGAGAUCGACCUGGAGAGCAUCUUCGCUUUGAAUCCGGAUGUCGUUCCUGAUGAAGAAAUACCUCAGAGUCCCGAGGCUCCUCUUCCUCCGUCGAGCAUCACUAAAGCCAGCAAAGUCCCCAAGACCCGACGGAUCACAGCGAUACCUAAACCUGAAAAUGCUCCACGGGAGAACAGAGCUGCAGCCGUGGGAACGACCCGGGCCCGUCCCAGCCAGCACAGCCAGGCUGCAGAACCCCCCCCGCCCUCCAUCACCCCCCAGCCUUCAGUGAAGGAGACUCUGAUGCAGCAGCAGAACGCUCGAAGGAAAUCCAACUGUGUGAAGGAAGUGGAGAAACUGCAGGAGCAACGAGAGAAGAGACGUCUGCAGCAGCAAGAGCUCAGAGAGAAGAGGGCGCAGGAGGUCGAUGUCAAUCUACCCAACUAUGAGAUCAUGUGCAUGAUCAGAGACUUCAGGGCCAGCCUGGACUACAGACCUUUAACCUCCAAUGAUGCUAUUGAGGAGCACAGGAUCUGUGUGUGUGUUCGCGCUCGUCCCCUAAAUAAAAAAGAGUUAUCAGUGAAGGAUCUGGAUGUGAUCACCAUUCCCAGUAAGGACGUGGUGAUGGUCCACGAGCCGAAGCAGAAAGUGGACCUGACCCGCUUCCUGGAGAACCAGACGUUCCGAUUCGACUUCGCCUUCGACAAGAGUUCCACCAAUGAAAUGGUUUACAGGUUUACGGCCCAGCCGCUGGUAGAGACCAUUUUUGACAGAGGGAUGGCCACCUGCUUCGCCUACGGACAAACAGGAAGUGGAAAAACACACACAAUGGGAGGAGACUUUUCUGGGAAGAACCAGGACUGCUCAAAGGGCAUCUACGCUCUGUCGGCCAGAGACGUUUUCCUCAUGUUGAAGAAACCCGUUUAUAAGAAGUUGGAUCUGCAAGUUUUUGCCACAUUUUUUGAGAUUUACAGCGGAAAGGUGUUCGACCUGCUAAACCGCAAAGCCAAGCUGCGGGUCCUGGAGGACGGGAAGCAGCAGGUGCAGGUGGUCGGGCUGCAGGAGAGGGAGGUGAAAUGCACCGAGGACGUCCUCAAGCUCAUCGAAAUGGGAAACAGCUGCAGGACUUCGGGUCAGACCUCAGCGAACGCUCACUCCUCUCGGAGCCACGCCGUGUUCCAGAUCAUCCUGCGGCGGCGGGGGAAGAUGCACGGGAAGUUCUCGCUCAUUGACCUGGCGGGGAACGAGAGAGGAGCGGACACGUCCAGCGCCGACCGGCAGACCCGACUGGAAGGAGCCGAGAUCAACAAGAGCCUGCUGGCGCUGAAGGAAUGCAUCCGCGCCCUUGGCAGAAACAAACCUCACACUCCCUUCAGGGCCAGCAAGCUGACCCAAGUCCUCAGAGACUCCUUCAUCGGAGAAAAUUCAAGAACAUGCAUGAUAGCAACCAUUUCUCCUGGGAUGGCCUCCUGUGAAAACACACUAAAUACUCUGAGAUAUGCCAACAGGGUGAAGGAGUUUGGCAUCAGUCCAUCAGACAUUCCCUUCUCUCAGAGCGGAGGCGGCCGCUCGGAGCUCUCUCCCACUUAUGAGAUGAAGCAGCUGACGGUGGACCCUGCAGCAUCUCUGGACUGCCACCAGGAGGGGCACAUCACCCAGCUGGAGGUCCUGGAGGCCCAGUGGGGGGUCGGCAGCUCCCCACAGAGAGACGACCUCAAGCUGCUCUGCGAACAGAAUGAGGAAGAGGUUUCUCCACAGCUCUUCACCUUCCAUGAAGUCGUGUCUCAGCUGGUGGAGAUGGAGGAACAGGUGCUGGAGGACCACCGGGCCGUGUUCCAGGAGUCGAUCCGCUGGCUGGAAGACGAGAAGGUUCUUCUAGAGAUGACGGAGGAGGUGGACUACGACGUGGAGUCUUACGCAACCCAACUGGAGCAAAUCCUGGACCAGAAGAUUGACAUUCUGACCGAGCUGAGGGAUAAAGUCAAGUCUUUCCGCUGUGCUCUCCAAGAAGAAGAACAAGCUAGCAAACAGAUAACCCCCAAGAGGCCUCGAGCGCUCUGAAGCAGCCAUGAUGAGAUCGCUGUACAAACAGGAGCUGACAAACUGAGAAACAUUUUGACCCCUCUGCUGGUCAUGCAUUUAUUCCCCCUCAUUCAUCCGUCCUGUUAAACCAAAGAGCAGACGUGCUCUUCCAUCCCCACCGUUCAGUGUUUCAGCAAGGUUUGUAUGGAAGGCUGAUUUGGAAUUGAUGCAAACGCUUUCCAGUGUCACCUGUUUAUUUAGCGCCACUUCCUGUUUAACGUCUGGUUGUCAAACAGUAAAACACAUCAAAGCGUUUAUUAUUCACCUGGUGAUGCUGAGCAACGGUUAAUUAGUAACUCCGCCCUCUCGUGUUGAUAUCCAAUGAAGAUGUCUGAACAAUCACAGACGCAUAAAGACAAUUACAAAACCAGCCUUCUGUCACCUAUAGAGGGCGGUGGUGGAAGGACAUGUAAGAAGCAAAAUCAGACAUUACUAGCCAAGCCCUGCUGCUCCAUGUUGGUUCUGACUCUGGGGACACAAAGUAACUCUUGUGGUGACAUUAGUCCUCUAAUCCUGGAAAUGUUCUUCAUCUGAUAGAAGGCUGACUUUGUAACUGUCUUUAUGUGACUCUGCAGUUCAGAUCCAUCACUACAUCAGCUGUAAUAGAUGGAGCUGUGUGCUGACUCUUGAUGCUUCCUCCUUAGGUCCAAAAAUAAUUAUUUCAGUUUGGUUUCGGUUCAGGUGAAGAAAUUUAUGACGCAUCCAUUCAUUGAUUUGUUCUAUGCCACAGUGGUUAAAUGAGUUCAUAAUGACCUAGUAGAGCUGUGUACCAUCUGCAUAGCUAUGGUAAUUAAUUGUGUUACUAAAUUCUGAUGUUGCAGGGGCAUGUAGAUGUUAAAUGGAAGGUCACAUGUGCUGCCCAACGUGACUUCUGUCCACUCUGACCAAAUGUUAUCUACAGAAGUCCCUCGCUAGUCUGUAAGUUAAUUAUGAUGAAUUUCUGCUUACAGCUAAUUUCAUAGACAUUUAAGAUUAGAAUAUUACAUCAGAACAACAAAUUUAAAAAGGGUGCUUAAAAGCUGCUUAAAAUAGCCUCAUUGAAUCACAUAAUCUUAUUUAUUAUGACUAUAUAAAGGAAACUGUAAGCUAGCUGUAUGUAGAAAUUAAUAUGGCACAAAUAAAUUUUCUGUUUGCUGUAAAACUAUUGUAGAUCAGUGCUCGACUUAAAAGGUCUGAUUUAGCUCCAGGGGGCGGAUUACAAAUUAAUCGCCAUUUGGUGUUUGUUUAGUCUUUAGUGUCACUGGCUGGCUGCGAUACACUUUUUGAACGCAAGGUGGCGCCUAUUGAAUGUUGUUUAUCAUUUAUAAACGGCAGGUUUCCCUCUUUAUCCCGGUUAUUUGGCGAUCCUGUGAUGCCGGAAAGCGGGCUAAUUAAUUCCAAUUCGGCCCUCCAUAGUUUUGUGUGCAUACGUCACAAGUGCUACGUUCAAGAACAAUUAAAUGUGGAUACGUUUUUUCUUUUGAGAGAAUUUUUUAUAUGGUCAAUCAUAGCUUAUCUUUACUACUAUUUCUGUCAAGCUGUUGUUUUUGGCCAAUUUUAUAAACUGCGUUUUGUCAUUUUGUGCAAUAGCCUAUGUGGAGGAUUUCCUUCCUGCUCUUCCCUUCAUCUCAUCUCGGGGCAAAACACUGACGUGGUGUGGAAAAUGAACCCACUGUGUUUGUGACGACACGGUGUGUGAAAAGGUUUGACUGAGACUAAACUGUCAAACCUUAACUAAGCUGAAGGGGGCGCUGUGAUAAAGACGCUACCUGCAGGACAUUUCUGAAAACAAGUUUUUCUUUUGCCAAAAUAAUAAUAAAAAAAGACUUCUUCUU